GGUCAGGGGGUAAGAUUCAAUGGAGGGGACUACCAUGCUCCUCCACACUGCACUCGAUUCCAUGCUCAUGUCGUCCCGCUCUGCUUUUUCAAUUCUUCAAGAAACUCUCUUUCCUCAAACACUCUCUCUCUCUCUCUCUCUCUCUCUCCACCAACUACUCCGUGUGGACUCUUCUCUCUCUCUCUCUCACUAGAGUCUACAGACAGUCGUUGAAGCUUCAUCCUCCUCGGUCCUCGCCAACAUGGGUUGCUGCUUCAGCAAGCCCCCUCCUCGCCGCCGCUCCCCGCCAAGCCCGCCGGCGCCGGCAUUCGACAAGGCCCACGUCGGCAUCGCCCCUCAGAAUGCGAGGGCGAGGGACCCUCCUCCUCCGCCACCGCCGCCGCCCCUGGAGGAGGAGACGGUCAAGGAAGUCCUGUCCGAGACGCCGCUGCCGAAGGCCCAGCUUCCGGAGGCCCCACAACCGCCGCCCAAGCUCCAAGAAGACGGACCCGAGACCAAGAUCCUGAUCAGCAAGCUGGAGGAGGCCGCCGAGGUGGUGUCGGAGUACUCCGAGAUGUACAGCGUCAGCGAGAGCCUGUCGACGGCGACCACGGCGACCACGGCGACCACGGCCACGGAUAAGCGGGAGACGGAGGUGACGAGCAGGGAGUCCCGCGAGGUGAGGCAGAGGGUGAAGAGCAGAUCCCCGGCGAAGGUCCCGAGGAAGCGGCCACCGUACGCCGGGGAUCUCGGCGGCGGCGGCGGCGGCGGGGAGAGGAGGGGGGUCAACAGGUCCCCGUCUCCCGCGAAGAGGAACCCGGCCGGCGUCUCGGGUACGGGCCCCGGGCGGGUCAGGGAAGCGGGCCGGGCCAGGACGGCGGCUGCGCAGCGGAAUGCGGGGUCUCCUUCCGGCGUGCCCAGGCGAGAUCCGGGCGAGACGUCCCGCCGGCGGUCGAGCUCCCCUGCGACGAGGAGGGCCGGCGAGGCGAGCGCAGACGUGACGGGGAGGAGCCCCGUCGCCGCGCGGGCCGGGAGCGCCGGCGACAGGCCAGCGAAGGGCGAGGUCAAGAAGGAUUCGGCCGCCGAUAGUGCAGCAGAAAUGAAGAGGGAAGAGUACAGCGACACAGUCCCGGAGCAAGGGAACGAAUCUCUGGACAACCCACUUGUGUCAUUGGAGUGCUUCAUUUUCCUUUAGAGUCCUUUGCAGAUGUUUUCCUCAUUAGGUGUUAGUUCCACACAUGAUCAUGCAUUGACAUGGACUGGUCAGAGAGAGCAUCAGUGAGCUUUCAAUGGCCAAUUCAAUGUAAAAAUGGUCUUCUUUUUGUAAGUAUAUAUGAGAAUUUGUCUGGCUCUUCUUCUU